GGACACAUGGGGGACCUUCUCUUCCAAGAAAAGCACCCAAAGAUUUAAUCUUUACUCUACCUUCCAUUAAUUUUCUAUCUUACUGAUCACCCCUUCUCCUUCAAUCCACACCUCUCUUCUUCCAUGUCCAAAUCUUCAAGCUAUGGGAGUUAAACUUUACAUUAUCUCCUUCUUGAUAACUUCACUCAUAUUCUUCCUUCUUUAUAUACCAACCCAACUCACAGCAUUCAACAAUACCACAAGAUUCAAGCCACCCAAAUCUUUUCUCAUUCCAAAGUCUAGCAACUCAUCUUAUCCUGUCACAUUUGCUUACUUGAUAUCUGCAUCAAAAGGUGACACCUUGAAGCUCAAAAGAACCCUUCUUGCUUUGUAUCAUCCUGGUAACUUUUAUUUGAUUCAUUUGGACUCUGAGGCCAGUGAAGCUGAGCAACUGGAGAUUGUAGAUUUUGUUUCUGAGCAUCCUGUUUUUGACCAAGUGGGUAAUGUUUGGAUUGUUGGGAAGCCAAAUUUAGUGACUUACAGAGGCCCCACAAUGCUGGCUACUACUCUUCAUGCAAUGUCUAUGCUUCUGAGAUCUGCAGAUUGGGAUUGGUUCAUUAAUCUCAGUGCUUCUGAUUAUCCAUUGGUUACUCAAGAUGAUCUAAUCCAUGCCUUCUCUGAUUUGCCAAAAGAUCUUAACUUUAUACAGCACAGCAGUCGUCUGGGCUGGAAGAUGAAUAAGAGAGGAAAACCAAUUAUAAUAGAUCCAGGUCUGCAUAGUUCUAACAAAUCAGAUAUCUGGUGGGUAAUUAAGCAAAGAAGUCUUCCAACAGCUUUCAAACUCUAUACAGGUUCAGCUUGGACAAUUUUAUCAAGGUCGUUUGCAGAGUACUGCAUAGUCGGCUGGGAUAACCUGCCAAGAACCCUCCUGCUGUACUACACAAACUUUGUCUCCUCUCCUGAAGGUUACUUUCAAACUCUCAUAUGCAACUCACAGGACUACAAGAACACAACAAUUAACCACGACCUCCACUACAUUUCAUGGGAUACACCUCCCAAGCAACACCCUAGGUCUCUCGGAGUCAAAGAUUACAGAAGAAUGGUCUUAAGUAACCGACCAUUUGCUAGGAAGUUCAAGCAACGUAACCGUGUUCUUGACAAGAUUGAUAGUGAUCUUCUCAAAAGACACCGCGGAAAAUUCACUUAUGGAGGAUGGUGCGAAAGAGAUGACACCAACCAUGUGUGUGAAGGCCUGCAGAGUGAGAAAUUUGGUAUUCUACGGCCCGGAACAGGCGGCAGGAGAUUAAAAACACUGCUUAAAAAAUUGGUAUCAGCUGAUAAUAUUAGGAAGAGGCAAUGCAAAUGAUGAUCUAUAUUCUAUCGUUUGUCUUUGUAAAAGAACAAUAAGUACAGUAACGGGUAAACCUGCAAGAAAUAGUCAGCAGUAACUACACUAUUCACUGAGAUAAUGAGUUCAGUAAUACCAAUACCAUUUUUUUGUGUUCUUGACAA